AUGUCCGCGCCGACUGCGUCCGCCGCGCAAGCGGUCGGCGAGUACCUGCAGUCUCCAGAUGACUUAUUAAAGAUUGCGGCCUUCCGAAAAAAGCUAGAGAAGGAAAAGGCGUCCAUCGACACGCGGCUGAAAGCGGGUGUACGCGAGCAGCUGGACCUGACAAAAGACUCCCUGCGCAAGCUCUUCGGAACGCGCGACUCAGUACAGAGCAUACGAGAUGAGAUGCUCGCCAUCGAUCGUCUAGCUUCGGAUCCUCAGCAUGCAGUCUCAACGUUCGACCAGAUCUCCAGAGUCUCCAUGGUACAUCGGAAUUUUGAGCAGACAGAGGAGAUGGUGCAUAAUCUGCUGGAGAUGAACGCGCGCCUUGAUACGCUGGAGGCGAUGUUGGCCGCAGACUCCGAGGAGAUUGUGGGACCCGCACCCAACCUCCUAGCGAUCCACCACCAGCUCACACAGCUUGAGGCUUUUCGCAAUCAGACUAUGCACCAGGCGAAGAAGUCGUCUGCGCGAAGUCAGGAGACCCUACGCCGCAUGUUCGAGCGCCUCGUCGCUGUGAUUGAGGCCUUUGACGAGUACAUCCUUGAGCUCGCUCGUAACAUUCUUCCUAUCGCUCGCGCAAAGUUCCCUAUGACGCUGGUCAAGCUCACCAAGAUCGCGGAGAUAGAAGGUCGUGAGGAUGAAAAGGCCAUCGCGAUCAAGCUUGUCAAGAAAGCUGCGAAGAUGGACGCUGCCUCGAAGUUCAGGUCGAUGCAAGCCAACGCGCGUGUGAUCAAACACUACCGUUCGAAGAUCAUGCGCACGGUCGUGGACUCCAUCCGCGACAAGUUCGAGGCCGCUUACCAGGAGCAGGCAAACAACCCCGCCGGCUUCCUUGAUGAACUCGCGGAGUGGAUAUACAAAGACCUCAUCGCUGUCCAGAACAAGGUCGCGCCGUGUUUCCCUCCCGACUGGGACAUAUAUUCGCACUUUGUGAAGCACUAUCAUCAGACGCUCAAUGCGACGCUCAAGCGGAUUGUCGAGUCGGAACCCGAGGCGUCCGUCAUUCUCACCUUGCAUGCUUGGGUCAAGCAGUACAAGAAAGAUAUGGCCGAUCUAGAAGUGCCUUCGGAGCUACUAGAGCCACCUUUGUUGGAUGGAAAGGAGCAGGCGUUGAUCGAUGACUAUCUUCAGUUGCUGGUACGCAAGCUGGACGAAUGGACCGUCAACCUUAUGCGCGACGAGGUCGAUGGCUUUACCAAACGCGAGGAGCCUCCCGAAGUCGAUGGGGAUGGUCAAUACGGUAUGCAGGGCGCAGUCAUCCUUUUCCAGAUGGUCAAUCAGCAGAUCGACGCUGCAACGGAGAGUGGGCAGGGGAUGAUCCUGGCGCGCGUAGUCGAAGAUGUCAGUCGCGUGAUGCGCGACGUUCAGUCGCAAUGGACCAAACUCGUCGAUGCUGAGCUGAAGAAGCACACGCAGACGCCGGACGAGGCCGCAGGGGGGCUCGUUGAGUAUCUCAUGGCGCUCGCUAACGAUCAAAUCCGGUCGGCGGACUUCGCCGAGGCGCUUUCUGCUCGCAUUGAGCCCCUCGUCAGCGAGAAGUAUCGGGUGCAGAUCUCCACUGCGCUCAACGACGCCAUCGAUGGCUACUUGGACGUUGCGAAGAAGUGCACGCAGGCCUUGAUCGACAUCAUUUGGAACGAUCUCAAACCGGCUACGCGUAAACUCUUCCAACAGCCCGGUUGGUACGAAGGCGCCAUGAACCAGAUCGGUCUCACGUUGCGCGACUACCUGGGCGACUUCCAGGUGUACCUCAAUCCUGCGCUAUUCGACCUCUUGAUUGAGGAUCUACUCGACGCUUUCCUUGUCGUCUAUCUGAAAGCACUUGCGAACGCGCCGAAGUUACGAAUGCCGGAUGCCACGGAGCGCAUGCGCGAAGACAUCACUGAGGCAUUCCGCGUCUUCGGGGCCGUCAAGAACUCCAAAGAGCUCGAGGCGUAUUUCGAGGUGCUUGAGAUGAUACUCGCACUGCUCGAGGCUAGCAAGAGCUUCGUAUUCCUCUCCUUCUGGAACUUCGCGAAAGUGCACGGGCCCAACUUGCCAUUCGUAGAGGCCGUCGUACGCGCGCGAGGAGACCUCGACCGCACCGCCGCGAAUGAGGUUAUGGAGAGUAUACGACGAAAGGUGAAGGAAGAAAACAUCGUUGAUCCGGAAGAGCCGACCAUCAUGCGAAAGAUUACUAUAGAGGGGACGUUCUCUCGCCUUCUCCGUGCCGGUGGUGUUACCCAGUAG